AUGAAACUCACAUUAAGUUCAUUGUUCCUUAGCUCCCUCUCCAUCUCUCUCUUGGGGAAAGGAGCCUUAGCUUAUAAACAGGUCCAUCGUCCUAAUGAGAAGGAAACCACAUCAGAAGAGGCCAAACCAUGGCUUCGUACCGUCUAUGAUACACAAGUGGAAAUAGUGACACCAACAGUCAUUGCAGGUGUCACAUUCUCAGGGAAACCGCUUCCAACUCCUGAUCCAUUGGAACCAUGGGUCUCGUUGAAGAAAGAUGGUACUCCUCAAACCAUUAAGCCAGAAGUGAAAAAUGGUCGUACUAAGAAGGGCAGACCUAAUUAUUCCACUUAUUUCAAGACUGCAACUGUUGUUACUUAUUCAUACGAACAAUUGAAAGCUCAUAAUAUGGACCCAAAUGAUGUUUAUGAAGAAGAAGUUUAUUUAGAUGAAGAUGAUACAUAUGUCUCGCUGAAUCCAGUUAUUAGAUGUACACCAGAGCGUUAUUUCUUCAAGGGUUUAGCCAAGGAUAUUUCAAGUGAACCAUUUUGUACACCUCGUGAAAAUUCUCAAUGGAAAGUUGGUAAAACGUAUUUUGUUUCAUGGUUUACUCAAUUUUUUGAUGAUGAACAUUCUGGUACUGUUAUUGAUAAAGUCCGUGUUCAUUUAUCUUAUGUGAAAGAAAAAGCCAGUGAUAAAGGUUAUCAUAAAAGAGAUAUUCCAGCCACAUUUUUUUCCUCUGAAUGGGUCAAAAAUGUCGAUGGUAUGUAUCCUAUUGAAGUUGAUGAAGAUUGGUUACAAGGACAAUAUGAGCGUAGAAUUGUUGUCUCUGUUCAACCUUUCAAUGUUCCAGAUGAUGAAUUUAAUCCAUUAGAACGUGGUGUCUUGUUAUAUAUGAUAUUAGGUUCUAAAGUGGCCAAGACAACGAAAGAAGAAUGGGCUAUGAUCGAUGCUGGUAUUAGUGAUGAUAAAUGGUAUUAUGUUGCAUUGACUAUACCAACUCUUGUCGUUGUUGUUUGUGUGGCGAUUUAUUUCUUCUUACAUUUCAAUGGACGUUAUAGAGAUUUCUCAGAUGUUACUCAAAGGGCUUUGGCUAGUAGACAUCGUAUUAUUGGUAAAGUUUCUGAAAUGAAGAAGUUCAGGAAGAUGAAAAAUCAUAGAUAUGACGAACUACCAAGUUAUAAUAAGAGAAAAACGAAAUAA